CACUCCGAGCGUGACCUUGGGCCGCGACUCCUCAGAGUCUUCGCUGCAGGGGAGACCCCCACAUCCCGGGAAGCGGCCCAGGAGAGCCCCCUUCUGUAAAGGAGAACGGAGCUGGGGUCCCGCCUGGCUUGGGAGUGAGCCCCGCAACGCGGUUUUAAGUUGGGAGCCUCUUGUUUAUCCGUUGGGGUCUCUCCCUCUGGCUCCAGCCUGGAAGUACUCGGAGCAAAGAGGCCAGCCAGGCACUAGUCUUCACGGUCACCUCUCCCAGCUCCCUCGGGUCCCCAGCAGCCACCCCUCAGACCCUUCUAGGUCCUCUUCCUCAGGAGCCAGCAAGCUGCCCAGAUGAGACCCCAAUGCCCUCCCGCCCCUGCGCAACUCCCGAGGUUGCAGAUGAAGCCCAGCCAGGGCUUGUCCCCCGAGCCUGGCCAGCCUGCCCGCCACCCACCAUGGUGCGCAGUCCUCCCACAGGCCAGAACCCCCGCUUCGUCUCUGCCGUGGGAUGUCUCCCCUCCAGAUGGCCACAUCCUUCCAGGCCCCACUCCAAUGCCUCCUUCCCGCUCCCCCAGGCAGAGGGCCAGGCUGUUGUCACCUGUGUGGAGUGUGCUGUGGGAGGGAUGACACCAAUAGGGUCUCCAUAGUCGCAUGCGUGUCGUUGGGGUGUCGGGCUCGAAGCGUGGGGCCUGUGAUGUGGGCAGAGGGGAAAGGAAGGCCCCGCUCCUCUUGGAAGCCCUGGUCGUCAACUACAGAGUCCUCAGCCCCACGGGAGGCCCCAAGGAGUGUGGAGCCACAUCUAGCAAGCGUGCUGGGUGCUGUGACUCAUGUCCUGACCGUCGACUCCUGAGACAUCACCGUGAGCUAGAUCGUUGGCGCCAUUUUACAGAAGGGACUGUACGUUCUUCAAUAAGAAAGACAUCCUCAAGUAGGCUGCACGCACGGUUCUACGAGCUGGCUCCCAACCUCGUCCCCAUGGACUACAGGAAGAGCCCCAUCGUCCACGUGCCCAUGAGCCUCAUCAUCCAGAUGCCGGAGCUCCGGGAGAACCCCUUCAAGGAGCGGAUCGUGGAGGCUUUCUCUGAGGACGGCGACGGGAACCUCACCUUCAACGACUUCGUGGACAUGUUCUCCGUGCUCUGCGAGUCGGCUCCCCGCGAGCUCAAGGCCAACUACGCCUUCAAGAUCUACGACUUCAACACCGACAACUUCAUCUGCAAGGAGGACUUGGAGCUGACGCUGGGCCGGCUCACCAAGUCGGAGCUGGACGAGGACGAGGUGGUGCUCGUGUGUGACAAGGUCAUCGAGGAGGCCGACCUGGACGGUGACGGCAAGCUGGGCUUCGCCGACUUCGAGGACAUGAUCGCCAAGGCCCCUGACUUCCUCAGCACCUUCCACAUCCGGAUCUGAGGACCCUGCCGAGGUCGCAGGGGCCCCGAAGCCCACCAUCCUGCUUUGCUGUCUGUCUAAUCGUGACCUCCAGGCUCCCAGGACUGGCGCCGCGGCCUCCGGGUUUGCACCCACGAACGUUUCCUUGGCCCUAUCAGCAAAAAAUCCUGCAGCAGGGAAGGGGGUGAGGGGCGGGGCUUCCCCAGGCCCACAGCCCCGCCCUCUGUCCCCUGACCUCCCUGUCCCCUGGCCCUCUCCCCAUCAGCAAUGGCCCCGGGAGGGGAAGGAAGAACACCUAACGGGGGUGGGUCGUACGGACUUGUCACAGUGCUAGAGACACCCAGGCCGCCCAAGGCGACGUGGGGGAAAAACGAGAGAGACAACGGGGUUACCGAGCUACGCAGUCUUUCUCCACGCCUCGCCGUCCCUGUCCCCCCUUCCCCGCCACGUGCAACCCUCGCUGGUGUGUGCUGCCCACAGACUCGUGAACUCCUGGUAGUAAAAGCCUUUCCUGUCCCCGU